AUGGGUUCCGCCGGUGCUACUAUUGGCAUUGUUAUGCUCGUCAUCAUUAUUCUGGCCGUGGUUGUGGGCAUCAUUGGAUGUCUCCGUCGGAAGCAAGAGGCCCCUCCUUCGAACAGCGUCAACCGUCGACAAUACAACGAACGCUGGCCAAGUGAGUCCUAUGGCACACGGCAGUCAGGUCGGACAAAUCGGGUCAAUGGUAAGACGGCAAGAGAGAGAGGAGAGGUUGAUCCGUGGGAGCCCCGACGCGACGUGAGGAUGCACCCGAUCAAGCCCGCUCGAGUUCGCCGUGUCCACGGUGAAGCCUACUUCACCGAGCGCUUCAAUCACGAUAACUGGGUCUGA